AUGGAGGUCAAGCUCGCGAAGUCGACCAACUUGCCCGAUGAUGCCAUCCUGUCCAUCCGCGCAGGAACCGUGCGAAGGCAGGCUGCUGUGAACAGCGGACGGCCAUUUCGUUUCCCGAAAUCUGCGGAGGCAGAUGCCGCGCCCCUGAAGAUCGACAUCCUCAAGCAAGUGGGUUCCGCUUACCUGGUUCUCAAACCAGGGACAGACCAGUACAAGGUGCUCUUCGCAAAAGACGCUGCCGGUAUCGAGCUGGAGGUCUGUGUGAAGAAGCUCGACGGUGCCGCGGCUGCUGCAGCGGGCACCGAAAAAGAGGUCGAAGAUCCUAAGGACGCUGCGAAUGGCGCGAAGGCCGCCAAGGAUUAUCUGGAGCAGCACCAGGUGCUGCAGUUUGUGCAGGGCGUGCUGCAGACGGUGAUUAAGGAGAAGCCCGAGGACCCCUUUGGCUACAUGGCCCGUCACUUCAUGGGCGGCUACGACGGAGCAUCUGCGCCAAAGGCGGCAGCAACCGAGGAAGUAAAGCCCGAGGUGGCGCCCAAGGAGGAGGCGAAAGCUCCAGCUCCCCCCGUUCCUCCCGCGCCAGUAGAGGACGCGAAGCCUGUGGAGGCCCCCGCUCCAGUCGCCGAGGAGGCGAAGCCAGCCGGGGCACCGGCGGCAGCGGUCGAGGAGGCGAAGCCAGAGCCCGCAGCCGAGGAGGCGAAGCCUGCGGAGGCCCCCGCUCCAGCCGCGGAGGAGGCGAAGCCGGCUGAGGCUGAGGUACCGGCAGCAGCCGAGGAGGCGAAGCCUGCCGAGGCCCCCGCUCCAGCCGCGGAGGAGGCGAAGCCGGCUGAGGCUGCGGCACCGGCAGCAGCCGAGGAGGCGAAGCCUGCCGAGGCCCCCGCUCCAGCCGCGGAGGAGGCGAAGCCGGCUGAGGCUGCGGCACCGGCAGCAGCUGAGGAGGCGAAGCCUGCCGAGGCCCCCGCUCCAGCCGCGGAGGAGGCGAAGCCGGCUGAGGCUGCGGCACCGGCAGCAGCCGAGGAGGCCAAGCCAGCCGAGGCCCCCGCUCCAGCCUCUGAAGAGGCGAAGCCGGCUGAGGCUGAGGCACCGGCAGCAGCCGAGGAGGCGAAGCCUGCGGAGGCCCCCGCUCCAUCCGCGGAGGAGGCGAAGCCGGCUGAGGAGGCGAAGCCAGCUGAGGCUGAGGCACCGGCCGCAGCAGAGGAGGCGAAGCCUGCCGAGGCCCCCGCUCCAGCCGCCGAAGAGGUGAAGCCGGCUGAGGCUCAGGCCCCAGCAACAGCCGAGGAGUCGAAGCCUGUGGAGGCCCCCGCUCCAGCCGCUGAGGAGGCGAAGCCGGGUGAGGAGGCGAAGCCGGCUGAGGGUGAGGCACCGGCAGCCCCCGCUCCAGCCGCUGAGGAGGCGAAGCCUGCGGAGGCUGAGGCACCGGCAGCAGCAGCCGAGGAGGCGAAGCCAGCCGAGGCCCCCGCUCCAGCCGCGGAGGAGGCGAAGCCGGCUGAGGCUGAGGCACCGGCAGCAGCAGCCGAGGAGGCGAAGCCUGCGGAGGCCCCCACUCCAGCCACUGAGGAGGCGAAGCCGGCUGAGGCUGAGGCACCGGCAGCAGCAGCCGAGGAGGCGAAGCCUGCGGAGGCCCCCGCGAAGCCAGCCGAGGCCCCCGCUCCAGCCGCGGUGGAGGCGAAGCCGGCUGAGGCUGAGGCACCGGCGGCAGCAGCCGAGGAGGCGAAGCCUGCCGAGGCCCCCGCUCCAGCCGCUGAGGAGGCGAAGCCAGCUGAGGCUGAGGCACCGGCAGCAACCGAGGAGGCGAAGCCUGCCGAGGCCCCCGCUCCAGUCGCUGAGGAGGCGAAGCCUGCGGAGGCUGAGGCACCGGCAGCAGCCGAGGAGGCGAAGGCUGCGGAGGCCCCCGCUCCAGCCGCUGAGGAGGCGAAGCCGGCUGAGGAGGCGAAGCCGGCUGAGGCUGAGGCACCGGCAGCAGCCGAGGAGGCGAAGCCUGCCGAGGCCCCCGCUCCAGUCGCUGAGGAGGCGAAGCCGGCUGAGGCUGAGGCACCAGCAGCCGCCGAGGAGGCGAAGCCUGAGGCCGCACCGGCAGCGGCCACGGAGGAGGCGAAGCCGGCCGAGGCCCCCGCUUCGCCAGCUGAGGAGGCGAAGCCUGCGGAGGUCCCCGCUCCAACCGCUGAGGAGGCGAAGCCUGCGGAGGCCCCCGCUCCAGCCGCUGAGGAGGCGAAGCCGGCGGCCGCACCAGCAGCAGCCACGGAGGAGGCGAAGCCGGCUGAGGCCCCCGCUCCAGCUGCCGAGGCGAAGGCGUGA